AUGGCACCGAAGAGACAUCCGACCCGAAGAAGUCAGAGGUUGAAGAAGAAGGGAAAAACGUCGGCGACUCUUGACACCUAUCAAGUCUCUACUGAGGUCAACGUCCGGCCCAGUCGAAAGCACAAGAGACCACUUCGCCUCAACAGCAAUGAAUUUUUUCUGCCGUUCAAGAAGAGGAGAUCUAUAAUUGACAGUGUAUGGACGGAAAGAGACUGUAAAAGCAUAGCUGAACCCCAUGGUAAGAAUGGCAAUAUUCAUGUCCCUAAUGACGAAGAGGGUGAUAGCAAUAUCUGCAGAGUAGGCAAAGAAAAAGUAGUGAAUGAAAACAGCAAGGGUGAUAAUGAGAAAAUGGAAAAUAACGAACCUGCAGACAAGGGAGGUGAUGACGCAAAAAGUGAUGUUCAUGAUAAUUAUCAGGACGGUAGAAAGGUAAUUAAGACGUGUGACAAGAAAAAACGGGGCAGGAGAAGGAAAGGGUGUGAAACCAAAGACAAUGACAAUGAGGACAAUCGAAAGUCAAAUGAAGAUAAGAGAAAAAUAGAUAACACACAUGAAAGUUAUAGAUUGGAGUCACAAGACAACAGACCAUGUGACAAUGAUGAGAUGAAGGAUGAGUGGAGCAAAGUUAGAGAGGUAAAAAACGAGGGAAACAAAGAACUGUUAGAAGAGUAUGAGGAUGAGGAAGAAGCAGUUUCAGAUGAUGAGAGGGAUGACGAAGAUGAUUUUGAAGAUGAGGGUGACGAAGAUAAUGUUUCAAAAAAUGAGAAUGAAGAGGAUGAUAUAGAAGAUGAGGGAGACAAAUACAAGGUUUCAGAAGAUGAGGGGAAUGAAGAAGAUGGUUUCAAAGAUGAGUCAGGAAAUGGGGAGAAUGAAGAACAGGAGUUCGAUGGUGAGGGUGACGAAGAAGAGGAUUUAGAAGAUAGGCGUGACAAAAAAGAUAAGUCAGAAGAUAAAGGGACUGAAGAAGAGGACUCAAGAGAUGACGGGAAUGAAGAAGAGGACUCAAAAGAUAACGGGACUGAAGAAGAGUAA